CGGCUCGGCUCAACGCUGCAAACAUCGCAUCAUCCUCCUCCCAUCGCCAUCUUCAUCGCGGGCCAGCCCAAUUUACCUACAACUGCUACCUUCUCCUCCCGUGUGACAUACACGCACGCACGCACGCACACUCACUUCCCACCCUCUUCAGCCAUCCCAACCCCUCAACCGAACCACGCGCGGCCCGCCAUCCCGUCCACCCGCUCCUCACCCCCUUCAUUCCUCGGCCGAACAAAACGAAAAAAACGACGCGAAACAAGGGGAACAGGCGACGAAUGGACGACCCGGCGGCGAGCCCCGUGCCCGCUGCUAGCGGCACCGCUGCUGCGUCGGCUGGCGCCCCCGAGCCCGACCCCGCGCCGCCGCAGGCCAAUGUCGUCGAUGCCCCUCAGCCAGUUGGCGUCGCCGAGUCUCGUGAGCCAGUCGCUGGAGACGAAGCCGUCGUUGGGCCCGAAUCGGCUGCGGUCGGGUCGUCUGCUGCCUCUGCCACUGCUGCCUCUGCCCCGGCGCCGCCGCCGACGCCGCCGCCAGCCGUGACGCCGAACCCAACUCCGACAACAGCGACGAAGACGACGACGACGACGACGACACCGACAGCGGCGGGCCACCACGGCCACAAGAGUCACGAGCACCCCGCCUCCCCUGCUGCGCUGCGCUUCCCGCACAUCGUCGCGCCCUCGUCCUACCUGCGCUUCAACAAGGCCAGCUCCGCCAUGUCGGCCCAAGCCUCAGGCGGCGUUGCUGCUCCUGCCGCCGCUGGUGCUCCGACCGAUGCCCAACACAGACACCCGCCGAGCCCCCUUGAUCGCGACCAGCAGCAGGGCAUCAGGGCGAUCCGUGACUUCCUCAAGGUCCGCACCAGCUACGAUGUCCUGCCUCUCUCGUUCCGCCUCAUCGUCCUCGACACGGGGUUGCUCAUUAAGAAGAGCCUCAACAUCUUGACCCAAAACUCAAUUGUGUCGGCUCCCCUUUGGGACUCAGACACGUCUCGGUUCGCGGGCAUCCUGACGGCCACCGACUACAUCAACGUGAUCCAAUACUACUACCAGUUCCCCGACGAGAUCAGCAAGCUGGACCAGUUCCGCCUGAGCAGCCUGCGAGACAUCGAAAAGGCCAUCGGCGCGAUACCCAUAGAGACCGUUUCCGUCCACCCCUCUCAGCCCCUCUAUGAGGCAUGCCGACGCAUGCUCAAGACGCGCGCGCGCCGAAUCCCCCUUGUCGAUGUCGAUGAUGAGACGGGUCGGGAGACAGUUCUCUCCGUCAUUACUCAGUACCGAAUCCUCAAGUUUAUAGCCGUCAACAAUGAGCAAAACACCGUCAUGCUCAAAAAGUGCGUCCGUGACAUCAACCUCGGCACCUACACCAACCUGGCGACGGCUCGCAUGGACAGCACCGUCCUCGACGCCAUCCACCUCAUGGUCGAACACAACAUCAGCUGCAUCCCCAUCGUUGACGCCGAUAAUCGGGUCCUCAACGCCUUCGAGGCCGUCGACGUCAUCCCCUGCAUCAAGGGUGGCGCGUACGAGGAGCUUGACGGCUCCAUCGGUGAGGCUCUCUGCAAGCGGCCGGAUGAGAGCCCGGGCAUCUACACGUGCGGCGAGGGCGACAGGCUAGACAGCAUUUUUGAUACGGUGCGCAAGAGCCGAGUUCACAGGCUCGUCGUGGUGGACGACGAUAACCGGCUCCGCGGCGUCAUCUCCUUGUCCGACAUUCUCAAGUACGUCUUGCUGGAAGGCGAGGAAGACUCUGGCCCCCAAACGUGAGGACGCUUGCUCCCCCACCGGGCCGGGGCAGAGGAUGGAUAUCUGAGGAAGCCGAGACCAAGUGCUGGUUUCGGGCAGGGGCGGGGGCAGAUGCAUGCUGCGGCGUACCGGAAUCUCGAGGCUUUGUACUGGAAUACCAAUGGUUGGCAUAAUGCGCUGCCGGCCGACGAUAGACUUGGGCUUUGGAACAAUGCAAUGGAUCUGACGUUUCCCUUCUCGAUUUUUUUUUGAAUGCCCCUAUGCUUGCUGAUGGACUGCAUGAGCCG